AUGACGAAUAUACUCCCGCAAGAGCUCAUCACCGAAAUACUUUCUCUACUACUCGUCAAACCUCUGCUGCGUUUUCAAUGCGUUUCCAAGGCAUGGUUUGUUGUAAUCAACGACCCAGAUUUCAUCAAGAUGCACCUCAAUCGCUCCAUUGAGACCAACCGAGAACGCGCUCUCAUUGCAGAUGCAAACAACGCAAUUCUGCCACAGACUUACUACUCGGUAAACUUUUCCGACAAGCAACAAAAAUACAAAAAGUUACCCUUUAAGCCGAUAGAAAUUCCUGAUGAUUAUGUGUUCAAAGUAGCAUUUGGGUAUGACCAAAUCAACGACAACUACAAGGUUGUAAGGAUUUUGAAGCCCCGGCCACAUCUUGCACGUGUCGCCGAAGUUGGUGAUCUUGUAUAUAGUCUUGGAGGAAAUUCUUGGAGAAAGGUGGAAGACAAAUGGCCUCGCAAGGAUUUGUAUUUGCAUAUGCAUCGCUCGGCUUCCUUGAACGGUGCUUUGCAUUGGGUGGCUGAUCGGAGUGGGUUAACAAGUGCCAUUAUCGCAUUCGAUCUCAGCACCGAGAAAUUUCGAGUGCAUGCACUUCCGAUUAAAAUUAAAUCUUGCGCAUUCGAAUACAAUACACAUUUGGUGGUCUUGGGAGGAUGCCUGUGUGUUUGGGAGGCUAAUUGUGAACAAUUUUUUGACGUUUGGGUGAUGAAGGAGUACGGGGUGGCGGCGAGCAAUUGGAGACGGCUUUAUAGGUUGCCGCAUAGUCCACAACAAACUCCUUCCUACUCCAAGCCUUUAGCCCUCUCAAACAGUGGCGAAGAGGUUUUGAUGCAUGAGUUUUCAGGGAAACUUUAUUGUUAUAACAUAAAAAAGAAAAGAAGCAGGAUUGUCGAGAUUCAGAAAAGGAUCGAAAAAUGCGAGUUGAACCUUCUUGUUGUGGGAAGCCUCCUCCUCCUUGAUGGGAUGAUAGAAUUAGAGAUUGGAUGA